AUGACGGUGCCCCUGGGAGACCCUCUGGGAGACCCAAUGGGAGACCCCCUGGGCGUGGGCGCAGGGACGACCACGCUCCUCCCCUACAUCGAUCCCCGGAGGUCAGGGUCGAGAGCGAGCGACCCCUUCAUCAGCUUCCUGAACGCGACGUCGGACCUGUGGGGCGAGAACUCGUCGUGCCUCGGCAACGGGUCGCUCGAGUGCGAGAUGGCGCGCAACAACGCCACGGAGGGCGCCGAGCCGGUGCUGCCGCCCUUCGAGCUCUGGCAGACGGUGCUGAUCGCCAUCUGCCUGGCGUGCUGCAUGAUCAUCACCGUGGGCGGGAACUGCCUGGUGCUGCUAUCGUUCAUCGUGGAGCGCGCGAUCCGCCAGCCUUCCAACUACUUCAUCGCCUCCCUCGCCAUGACCGACGUCAUCAUCGGCUCCGUGUCGAUGCCCCUGUACACCGUGUACGUCCUGAUGGGCGAGUGGACGCUGGGCCCCAUCCUGUGCGACCUGUGGCUCUCCGUCGACUACACGGUGUGCCUGGCGUCGCAGUACACGGUCCUACUCAUCACCAUCGACCGCUUCUGCUCCGUCAAGAUCGCGGCCAAGUACCGCGGCUGGCGCACCCGCACGAAGGUGCUGGUGAUGGUGGCCAUGACGUGGAUCAUCCCGUCGCUGCUGUUCUUCAUCAGCAUCUUCGGCUGGGAGCACUUCGUGGGCUACCGCUCGCUGCAACCCAACGAGUGCGAGGUGCAGUUCCUGCGCGACCCCGUCUUCAACACGGCGCUCAUCGUCACCUACUACUGGGUCACGCUCGUCGUGCUCUUCGUGCUCUACGCCGGCAUCUACAAGACGGCCUACGACAUGCAGAAGAAGUCGGAGGCCAAGCACCGCAAGAUGCAGACGCUGGUGGCCCUCAGCGCCGGCGGCAUGGCGGGCAUGGCGGGCCGCACCGCCGGCCUGGGCAUGAGCAAGACGCAGAGCACGCUGCUCAGCCAGGACAAGCCGCAGCCCGCCCCGCCGCCCGUCGCCAGCACGCAGCAGCAGGCUCCGCAGGGCGGCUCCGGCGUCAGCGACUCCUCCUCGAGUCAGAAGACCUCCUCCAAGACCACAGAAACCACCAGCUUCUCGGAGCGUCGCGGAGAGCCCACGGAGAAGUCGGAGCGCUCCAGCAGCCCCGCCUUCGACUCUGACGAGGAGAGCAGCCAGGUGCCCUCCGGGAGGCGGUCGGGGCUGCCCAACAGCGCCGUGCCGCGCCUCGAGCCCCCGCCGCAGCACCGCAAGACGCCGACGGCGGACACCCUGCCCAAGAUCCCCGAGCAGAGCGUGCUGGACACGUCGACCACGCUGGAGGGCAGCUCCUCCUCCGACGCGGGCAUCGGAGCUCUGGCCGUCACGCUCACCCGCUCGCUGCCCUUCGCGGCCCACCACCACCACCACCCGCAAGCGGCCAAGGCCACGGCGCCCACGCUGCCGGACGUCGCCCUGCACGAGGCGGGCCUGCAGGGCUCGGCGCUGCUGGACGUGACGCUAGGCGCGGCCACGGCGCCGCUGGCCAAGCGCAUGUCGGGCGACUUCUCCAAGGAGGAGAAGGACGAGAACAGUGGCCACUCGGACGAGACGCUGAGCGUGCAGUCGGGCGGGGAGCCACAGCCGCAACCGCAGCCCAAGACGCAGCAGCCGCUGCACCCGACGUCGCUGCCGCUGAGACCGAUCAACGCCGUGCCCAUCCUGCCGCUGGCCGCCUCCACGCCCACGGACAUGCUAGAUGAGCGGGUGAUCGCACCGCCCGCCAUGUUCGCCGACGCCAUGAGCGUGAGCAGCAUCUGCACCACGCGGCCGCCGUCGUCGCUCAACUACGGUCCGAUGGCCUACGACAUCCUCACCGGCCUGGACACGGGCGACCUGCGCUUCAUGGACGAGUCGUCGAUCAUCCUGCCGUCGCCCGUGGUGGAGGACCCGCCCUCGUCCGUGUGGGCGGCCACCCUGCACAGCCCCGGCUCGCCCACGGGCCGCUCGCUCACCUCCACGCUCACCACGCCGCACAGCAUCCACCGCAAGAUGAGCCGCAUGCAGUCGCGCUCCGACGAGGAGAUGAGCAUCGAGGAGGCGGACGAGUCGGUCGACGCGGACGACGAGGCCGGCGACAGGGACGAGGACGACGAGGACGAGGAGGCGUCCGAGCACUCCACCAACGUGCUCGUCACCUCCAUCAUCCACGCCUGCGCCGCCGUCACCAACCUGGCGGGCUCCGAGAAGAUUCCCAGCCCCGUCAGCCCGAAGGAGGAGACGGCGACCGCCGCCGCCGCAAGCCCCAGCGCCCACAACAGCAUAGCGACGGCGCCCAACAGCACCGCCGCGCCCAGCCAGCCGCCGCCGGUCAAGCCGAGAGCCAGCCCGACGGGAGCAGCGGCAACGGCCGCGGCGCGGCCGAGCGUCUCGAGCGCGGGCCCCGCCAACCAGCUGAUCGCGACCCACAACGUCAACUCGAACAAGACCGUGACGAGCGUGGCGCGGACCGAAGCCUCGUCGCUGAUCGAGAAGGACCGCGGGACGUCGGUGGCGUCGGAGGCGCAGAGCUCCAUCAAGGGGUCGUCCCUGAAGGGCUCGCGCAAGGGCAUCGUCAAGUCCAUCCGGAGCCUGAAGAAGAAGAAGAAGAAGGCCGAGGGCGAGAAGCGGCACCGCUCCAAGUCCGAGAACCGAGCCAACAAAGCGCUGAGAACGAUCUCCAUCAUCCUGGGCGCCUUCGUGGCCUGCUGGACGCCCUACCACAUCCUGGCCAUCGCCGAGAGCUUCUGCCAGUGCACCAACACCCACGUGUACAUGUUCGCCUACUUCCUGUGCUACGCCAACAGCCCUAUCAACCCCUUGUGCUACGCCCUGGCCAACCAGCAGUUCAAGAAGACUUUCAUGCGAAUUCUCAAAGGCGAUUUGCACAUAACGUAACGCAGCCGACCGGUAGACUGUGCCGUUGAUAUUUACUCAAUUAUCUGUGAUAUCUGUAGAGAGAGAUCAUAUUCCAGUGCUCAGUGCGGGAUGUACAGCCAUCGGUACAAGUGUACAUUACCUCAGGCGUAGCGUUAACACGGAACAAAAUAUGCACUUCAUCUCAAAUACAGUAUUCAUGUCCGUGACAGUGAUGUGUGCGUACUGAAGAGCAGUGUGUACAUACCCAAGUGCAGUGUAUACAUAUACAUGCAUUUC